AUGGCCGCCCCCGCCGAUAUCACAAUCAAGAACCUCAAUGGGCAGUGGGUGAUGGACGCCACUCUGUCCGACCCCACUGAUCCCAUCCUAUCUCUGCAAGGCAUGAGCUGGUUCCUCCGUAAAGCCCUCCCAUACGCUACCGUGACCCUGCACGUGCACGAGUAUACUGACUCCGCCGACCCGCUGGUCUAUCACAUCGAUAUCGAUCAGGUCAUUACUGGCGGUAUCUCAGGUAGCAAAGAGUCACGCACUUUGGAUUGGAAUGGGCGCGAUCACGUUGAUAACAUCUUUGGCACAAUUCAUGGUCGCUCGCGCAUGUUCCGUGGCGCUAAGGGGGACGAUGGCAAGGUCCGCCCGGCUCUUGAUGUGCAGACUAAGGUCGGAGAGACCGAAGCCGAUGCUAAGGUGCAGAAGUUCCUGCGUGGUGAGAUCCUAAUUGAUGGAUCAGCGAGUGACGGAUUCGUCGUGGACGACGAGGGCGCGGAGUUUGGAGAAGGCGAGGGCCUUUGGGUGCAGAGUUAUGUUAUGAACCAGGAUUCUGGGUGGACUGCUGAGCAGGUCUGGGGAUUCGAGCUUGUUGAUGGAGAGCGACGUUACACUCGUCGUGUUGCUGUUGCCAAGGGUAGUCAGUACGUGUUGGGACGCUUGGUAUACACUUUCCAGGAGCGACGAGCUGAGUAG